AUGUGGAUCGGCAACAAACAAUCGGAUCAAGGUGAGAUUAGCUUGCAGAAGACGGCCCGCAUGCACUUCUCUAACAACGUCGAUUCCCAGGCCGCUGAAAGCUGCGCCAAACCUCAAGCCGGCGGAGGACAAGGAUACCCGGGCGCCAAGAUCAGCCAAGGUGUCCCACGGAAUAAAGGACAGGGAGGCACCAUCAUGACGCGUGGCCACACGUCCGACAGCAUGCGAUUUAGAAACAUUACCGGGUUCUUGCCGGAUAAUGACAUGACGGGCAUUUCCGGGGACAUGGUGCGCCCGACAGACCGUGACGAAGAGUUUCGUGUUGGAAGUGACGGAAAGUGGCAGUUCGCCGUGCUCUUCAGGAAGAUUGAAGCUGGCUUGUCAGUAUAUGCAGACAUGAAGGAGAAUAAGACAGGUAGUCGCCAUGACGCAGCCUUCCUUCUUGCUGGGGGCUUGGCCUUGUGCAGGGACAGCUUCCUUCACUACUGCAAAGACUUGGAAGGCACGACGGAAGUGUGUUUCCACGGGCACAAGCAUAGGUUGUCGUUUUGCUUGAACAAGAUCGAGGAACUGAAGGAGGGAACGUUUAGCAGAAAGGACGAUGGAGACGCCGUGGGGCUGCUAGGACAGCUUCAAGACUUCCGUGAUGUAGCCAAGAUCUUAUCAAGCAUAACCCUGGGAUUUCGGCCACUUACUGAUGAGAACAGACAGCAGCUAUCAAAGGAUUUCAAUUUCGUGGUGAUCAAGGAUCCUUUUCAGCCCAAGCAUAGUGGCCACGACAACACCGUCAUGCUGGCUUGUGAGAUCUUUGAGUGGGACUCUGGUUGGGCCGUGCUUGGCCGUGCCAUUCACAGUGGCAUGCUUCUUCAGGUCAAUGGCUUGUUUGUUCAUGGGAGAUGCAAAGUUAAGGAGUACUACGUUCUGACUGCUGAGACUCUUGCGGACUUGCCGGAAGACAUUCGAGACGAGGUGCGUGACAAAAUCAUGGUUGUGACAGAGUACAAGAAUUCUGACACCCCAAUACAUGGUAAUGAGUUGAUGAACAACGACGCAGAUGGCGAAGAGCAAGACCUGCUUGAAAAAACGCGGGAGAAGAUGAAGGCCAAAACGUCAAAAGAGCGAGACCCGGAAGAGACAUUGUGCCUGACAGUUCCCACGUGCUACCCCGAGGGUAGAAGGAGAAUCAUCCUGCUCAAGCGCAGGCAGGUGACGCUAUGGAGGACUGGUUCCUACAGCGAUAUGAAAGAGAUCGCGCGCGAGCUGGCUGCGCAGCGCAAGGAGUUUGAUGAGAAUGGUGAGGCGGUUUUUUAUGUACCCGACGACAUUGCAAAGCAAUGGAAGUUGGACAUGCUGCAGAAGAAGUCGACGCUCCCCUCGGUUACCGUGUGCGAGCACUACAAGCAGGAGCAACCAGAGGUGCCUGGUGAGCUAGUCUUCUAA